AGACGGACUCGAGUCGCCGUGCGGGGUUGGGCGAGUCGAGUUGGACUCGUCGGGCUGUUCUUCCGCCCUUGCCGUAGCUCAUUGCCAGCUCCAUCUGGCAAAUCCUCUUUCCUUUCCUUCUUCACCGACAACAUCGCCCUUCUUCAGUCCUUCCGGCAUGGACCAGACUCCAGAGCGGCGCCUUCGCGUCGGUAUCAUUCACCCCGACCUGGGUAUUGGUGGUGCUGAGCGUCUCGUUGUUGACACAGCCGUCGAGUUGCAGAACAAAGGCCACAUCGUCGAGAUCUUUACGUCCUACUUUGACCCCAAGCGCUGCUUUGAGCCGGCUCGAGAUGGCACCCUCAAAGUCCAUCACAUGAAGACACUGAUCCCAAGGUCCCUCGGUGGCAUGUUUCACUCGAUAUUCAGCAUCCUUCAGCAGCUUUCCCUCGUCCUGCAAAUGCUACUCUCGAUCCUCAUGUUCCACUACCCUGGCACCAUCCCGAAAUGGCUCUUUCGAGCACUGAGCUCAGCUCCGGCUCUCGAGCCUUUUGACGUCUUCUUGAUGGACCAGCAGUCCUUUGGUGUACCUUGGGUCAAGAUCUUGGGAUUCACAAGGGUCGUCUUCUACUGUCACUUCCCGGACAAGGAGCUGAGCAACACCAUUGCGAAGCAGAAGGCGAUUGCGAGGGGCGACUCCGGACCGAGUGCUUUCAGGCAACUCUAUCGCCUCCCUCUGGAUCUCAUCGAGGAAGGGACCAUGGACUAUGCCGACAAGAUCAUGGUCAACUCAGAGUUCACCUCGAAACACUUCAUCAAGUCCUUUUACCGUCUACGUCGAGCUCCUCGCGUCGUAUACCCCGGCAUCAAUCUCUCUUCCUUCGAGUCAAAGGCAGUCGUCAAGUCCGUCGGGAAGCUCAUGGCCAACUCAGACGUCAUGACGCCCAUCCAAAAGGGCAUUCACGAGAUCGUCACAGAUGGUAGUCGACCUCUGCUCCUUUCCAUCAACCGCUUCGAGGCAAAGAAGAACGUCGCCCUGGCCCUCGACGCCUUCGCCGGUAUGAACAAGGAGCUGACAGGCUCACAACGAGCAAAGAAUCAUCGCCUCAUCCUUGCAGGAGGUUAUGAUCGCCGAGUGAAGGACAAUAUCGACACGCUCAAUGAGCUGCAGAAACAAGCGACAGAUCUCGGCCUCAACCACAUUACUCUCUUCUACGACCCAGCGCCUUUCGAGCCUCCGGCCUCGAUGCCGCGAGAGGGCGAGCUUGAGCAGGCGAGUGUUAUCUUCCUACCCAGCCUGCCGGGUCCUCUCCUCAACACGCUCCUCGUCAAUGCGAGCAUCGAGGUACUUCUGUACACACCCACGGACGAGCACUUUGGCAUCGUGCCUCUCGAGGCCAUGGCCUGCGGCAUUCCCGUCCUGGCGACAAAUACCGGCGGGCCGGUAGAGAGCAUCGUCGAUGCAGGAUGGGAUGGGGCUGCAAAGCGCUUCACCAACGAGGCCGGUACGGGCCUGCUCCGUCAUCCUACGAAGAACGUCUGGACAGGAGCCAUCGUGGCGAUGCUGAGCAUGAGCGAGGCGGAGCGCGCUCGGAUCAGUAAAGCGGCGAGGCAGAGGGUCAAGGACAAAUUUUCGGUCGAGGCCAUGGGAUCACACAUUGAGAGUGUGAUCAUUGAGGCGGAGGGCAAGGGAAGAGUAACGCUUGAGGAGGGGAUGCUGCAGUGGGCUAGCUCGAUUGGCGUGUUUCUGCUCAUGAUGUUUGCGUACGUUUGGAUGCUGAGGGGUAUGAAUCAGGCGAGGGCGGCAGCGGGAUUGGUCUAGGCCAGCGUUGGAUGGGGUGGAAGGAGGUGUGAUAGCCGCGAGAAGAAGCGCCGAAGGUGAUGAUCAUAGAUGGCGGAGCGAUCAGUCAGCCAGGCAGCAUCUUGAGUGCAUCCAUCCGUAUUUUACAAGCAUUAUCAGCAGCACCACCACCAACGCUAUCACACGUCACGAAUAUCAUAACAGACUUUCCCUGACCAUCGC